CCUUGGAUAAUCAUUGAUGUGUCAUAGUGACGAAAAAGACGGAUUGUGUGAAUGUUUUUCACGCAAUUUCCUGUGAUUUAUGGAGUUUUCAGUGCGAAUAAUUUGUGGAAUCUCAUUUAAAGUGACUGUAGAAGAGUUUGUGCAUAAAAAGUGACUCAAAAUUCGGGUGUUAAUGCGGAAAAACGACACUCAAGGAAAAGCACCAAAAUGCACCGUAGAAUCUCAAAUAAUUUCACUUACGUGAGUUCAUGCGUGAAGUACAUGAUCUUCCUGCUGAAUUUUGUCUUCUGGCUGUUUGGGGGUCUCCUGAUUGGUGUGGGAUUCUAUGCCUUUGUGGACAAAUGGCAGGCCACAGGAUGGCUCAAAGUAGACAAUUUCUACGAUGUCAUCCUCAAUAUCUCCCUGGUGAUGAUAAUAGCUGGUGGUGUGGUGUUUGUUGUCAGCUUUGCCGGAUGCCUGGGUGCAUUGAGGGAGAACACCUGCCUGCUCAAAUUCUACUCCAUGUGUCUCCUCAUGUUCUUCCUCCUAGAGAUGGCUGUUGCCAUCAUGGGCUUUGUCUUUCCGCACAACAUGAAUAGCUUCCUGGAGGAUUCAUUCACGGACAAAAUCAUAACUACCUACCGUGAUGAUCCGGAUUUGCAGAAUCUCAUUGACUUUGCCCAACAGGAAUUCAAAUGCUGUGGCCUCAGCAAUGCUGGCUACUUGGAUUGGGGUAAGAAUGAGUAUUUUAAUUGUUCAUCACCCAGCGUCGAACGCUGCGGUGUGCCCUACAGCUGUUGCAUCAACGAUACGGACAUCUCAUCCGGACUCGUGAACAUUAUGUGUGGCUAUGGAGCCCAAAAUGCUUCAGUGGCUGCAGCCAGCAAGAAAAUCUGGACCAGUGGAUGCAUUGAGAUUGUGCGAGUGUGGGCUGAGAGGAAUCUUUAUACGAUUGCAGGAGUAGCUCUAGGGGCAGCUCUGAGCCAGCUCUUUGUAAUCUAUCUGGCCAAGACCCUAGAGGGUCAAAUUGACCUCCAGAAGAGCCGAUGGUCGUCGUGAGUGGUUAUCGGGUGGGGUGGUGGACGCCGUUUGUAAAAUUCCACACAGAUUCUACCAAUAAUUUCUGUCUAACCUUCCCGGACAAGGCCACAAACUAGAAUCUUCCUCCGGGAUAGGUUGUGACAUGAUGAAAAUUGCUCCGAAAGAAGCGCACUUUUGUUGGCCAUAUAAGUGAAUAAUGAGGUAUUUUUUUUCUUUCCCCUUGAAGUGUGUAAUAUUGUUUUGUUGAUCACAGAAGUGUUACGUGAAUAAUUUGCUGCCCAAUUUAAUUGGUGUUUCGUUGAAAGAAAAGAAAAAUGAGGAAUACAAAAAUUCAGAAAAAUGAAGAAAUUGUUUAAUUUUUUUAGGAGUGGUGCGUAAUAGAAGUAAAAGAAAAAAAAGGUCCCCAUCCCCCCGCUAAGUAAACUCAAGUUAUAAGUGUAUUUUUUCUUAUAAUAUUAUAUGUAGAUUUUUAGUCAACUACUACACAAUGUAUUAGUAAUUUAAGAGAAAAAAAAAUAAUUUUAUUAAAUAAGAUGAAUGGCGCACAAAAAAGCGUCUAAAGUCGAUGAGGUAAGAAUCUAAUGUGAAUUUGUGGCUCAAAAUUUCGCGAGGUGUUAAAAAAGUGAAUUGAUAAUGCAAUUAUUGACUAGAAAAAAAAAUGAAUUCCAUCCAAAAAAAAAGAAACAACCGUUAAAUAUCAAAAAGAAAAAUGAAAACAAAACACAAAACUUGAUACCAAAUGAAACCAAAUAUUAUUCAUGUUUUUCUCUAUCGACAAUAAAAUGUGUGAGUAAUAGAAUUUCCUUGUAAGAUUUUAUUUAAGCAAUUUACUCUGAUAUUAUAACUUCUCAAUAUUUCCAGCUUUGGUACUGUGCUUUUUUAAAAAAAAAUCUUUGACACGCAAUUUGUGCCAAAGGCGAUAAUUCGCCACACUUUCACUUCAGUCUCUCAUUCCUUUUUUUUUAUUUUUUUCUCUUUUUUCGUCUCUGGCCGAAACUAUGCAUAACUUAUAACUUUGCAAUAUAAUGAAUUUUGCCAUUGCAGUGAGAUUAAUGUUGAAGGCAGAAAUUACAUUAAAAUGGAUGAAUUUGUUAGAUAAAAAAAUAUGAAAGAAAUAUUUUGUGAUUAAAAAAAAAUGAAUUUGAGAAUGUUUUUUUUAGAACAUGUAGGAGAUAAGAGUCCUGAGAAUAUUGACGAAAUCUCACUGAGAGAGAGAGCUGAAAUUAUUAAUAAUGGAUAUUUGAUAACUUUACAAUUGAUAUAAGUGAAAUAAAAUGAAUUAGAAAUAAA